AUGGAACAUGCACAUGAGCUUGAGAAAGAGCUUACUGUAAGCGAUAGGGCAAUUGAAGAGGGCUGUCGUGAGGUCCAUUUCGGGGUCCUGGACAGCAAGGGCAACCAUUUUCCGUUCUGCUGCUCCAUCCGAAACGGAGGUUACAGGAAUCCGGUGCUUCAGGCCGAGGGUUGGCUCAAGUUUGUCAAUUACAAGGGGCUCGAAGUUGGUGACAAGAUUAUUUUUCGUCCUCAGGUAGAUCAUUUCAGAGAAACCAUAUUUCAAGUUAUGGCGCAAAGGCAGAACAUCCACGGUCAUUGGGUCGAUAUUUGA